UACGUACUGAGCUAGUUAUUACUUAUGCGUCGCAGGCAAGCCAGCAGCAUCUACGCUAUCGCAAUGAACAGGAACAUGCCAAGCCUUGCGUGCUGUAUUGCAAUGCCCUUCUCGUUAUGAAGCAGAGAACAGCAUAGUUUCGCUCAAGUAUUCUUUGGGACGGACCGCUAGCUUUUGGCGAACGAAGAAGAUUCCCGUUACUCGGAACCGUUGUAAAGGCUAUAUAGGCGCUGAGACCAUAUCAACAUUAGCCCUUGCAGCCGGGAAACUGCUCACCAUGCUUCCUACCUCAUGGCAAACUCCUCGUCAGCAAGGGAUUUAUGUCGUCGUAUAUCGUGGCAGAUACUACGUGCAAAAGAUUUCUGCAAAUUCUGACAGCGCAUAUAGUCCAGAUAUCCUGUGUACAAUACCUGCAAAUAAGGUGGAAUAUAUCAUUUGGCUCAAGGAGAGGCGGCAAGAGUAUGCUGCGAAGGAGAAACUACUCGAAGAUUUCGUGUUUACCCUGGAUAGUUCUCAACCCCGUGGCGCCGAGUAUGUAAAGCGGAAACUUCGGGAGGUUGGCCUUUACCUCUUACCAUCUCCACUCCCACCCAAACGUUGCGGCAACUAUUCUGCGCUUUUCACAGUUGAUCUAGACAUGCAAGUAGUAUCUUUUGGGCGUACGAUACACCUCAGUCUGACCAAUUUUCCCAAGGACCGUGACAAAUUCUUUGCUGCGCCUUCUGCUCCCUCCUUUCGUUGGCCAUGCCUCCCAAUCGCAGCACAUUACCUCAUACCGUUUCCAUCGACCGUGCCGGUUGCAUUGGAAUGUGAUCUUGGCAAAUAUGAGACCCAGUAUCGCACAAUUCCUCUUUCACCCAGCAGAUGGUUAUCUACUGACCUUGACUCGUUUUGUCCCUUUCAUGAUCUGGCGUUUUCCAAGUUCAAAAGAGUAUAUUCUCAACUUAUCUCUCAAGAAUACACCAGGUGGUCCCCACUUAAUUUCAUGUUCCGGGAACUUGGAUAUGCUAUCAUCUCUUUUGCAUCCGGGAGAGUGUACUUUCGAAUUGGGGAGUCGACAGAUCACUACCCAGUAAAUGAAGCUUCUUGGCCGUCCGAGCUUGCCUUUGGAUACCAUCUAGCACGCCAUCUCCCAGGAUCUGCCCCUGAAGAAACAAUUUAUUGGUUUGAUAAUGUCCUAGUCAGCCUAGUUCCGGAAGUUCCACAACAGAGGCAUAUCUAUGUCGACAAGACUGUCAGCUUUGGGCUUCAGCAAGGAAAACUUGCCUUCCAAGCCAUUUUACUGUCUCUAUCAACCGUGAUACUUAUUGACGUUGAAGAUGUGCAUGGAAUCCCGGUGGUGAAAUACACGGAGCCCCUCGAGUUAUUCGAGAACUGUAAAGGCCCAGCCAUUUCGUCACCCGAGUCACCCAUCCACACUUCGUUGGGCAAACUUCAGAUAUCUCCUCCACUACUGAAGAGCAAAGAAAGCUUCAGGGCGCUCUCGAACUUCUUCACAACCGCUACACUCCGCCGCCUAAAGCCUCAUGGUCCGGAGACCCAGGGCCGCUUGCCGAAUGAACUCUACUACAUGAUCCUCGACUACACCGACAACACCACAUUUUUAACAUGUGCGAGGGUCUCGUAUCUCUUCCGCACAUACUGCCUUUCAAAAAUACGCCUCUGCGAAAAGAAUAGAAAUAACAAUCGUGAUAGCGAUAUCUACGAUACAAGCAGUCCGAUCGACACAUAUUCCUACCAAAUCACCCAAAUUAGCUCCCCACUAUGCUUAACGGUUCAAAAUAGAGCAUCUGGUGAGUAUAUAAAGUGGUGUCCAUCAAAGAAGUCUCCGCCAUCUUGGUCUCCCGAACCAGAAAAUGAGUUGUGCUUGGUCCCCAUGUUUGGGGAGCCAAAUCGACUUAGCGAAAGCCAGCAAGCUCUGAAUAUUUUCUGGAAGGCAGAUGAUUCAUAGGGGGCGAUGUUCUUCCCUUUAUUUCUUCUUUCCUUUUUAUGUCGGGGAUUAGGUUUUCGAUACCUUUCGGGAUGUGUUUAGCCACGCGUUAUAUGUUGGCGUGGUUCAUAGUUUGACUUUGGAAACGGAGCGGGCUCGAUGCGGGUUUACCUAUACUGUACCACACGAAGUAAUGAGGUAAUGAACAAUUCUGCGAAUCGUUGAUUCUGCAUCAGAAUCGAGAUCCUACUUCAGGGAGUUGUCAUUAGGGAAAAAAGAGCUAAGCUUGAGCUAGCCGUAGCCGCUGCCCAACAGAAAAUAAAGCUCGAGAUGAGUUUCAGACCGGAUAGUGUGGAAGUUCAAAUGGCUUGAUUUUCGAAUCCUCGCACGUCCAGGAAAUUCGUCUGCUGUCAGAUCUCCUCGCCCCAUUUCUUCCAUGAGAUUGCUUUAGUGAAUUCAUAGGUACAUAUUCUUUAGAUGUGCCAAACGUUAAUAUCUGAGAAUCUGAGAACGGCCCCACCACCAUCACACCAAGAGAGUAAAUUCGAAUUAGAGAGUGAAAUAAAUGAAGCAGCUGUAUCACCACAAUAGACAACACGCUCCUGGGUAUGAAUACACAUGUUCCUGACAGAAGGGGAAAAGAAUAACAUCAAGAAAUCGAAAAAGAAAAAAAAAGGAAACCUAAAAUCCAAAACAUAUUCGACCAGGGUUAACGAAGACAGAAGAUGAAACUUUGGGCAAACGUCAUUUUGGAACGAGUAUUGUUUCAAAAGAGGAUACCUCCUGCCGAAGGUUCAGCAUGGGGUUGAAUAGAUCUGGGGUGUAGGGCUGUGUGGGAGGUAUUAGGUAGGAGUGACAGAUCUCAGGCACUCCGAUGUGGUAAGGCAGAGUCUGGAAUAGUGUGCAUAAGGACGGUGGUGGAUCAAGGAUUGAUUCGGUGAUGUGAUGUAUUUUUGCAAGAGAGAGGAAGAGACGGCAAAUAUCAGAGUAAUUUUGUAAUGAAGGGGUCGUCCAAUAACAGGGAGGUAAGGAGGUUGAAAAAUAGAGGGGGUCGCCAGGAACAACAGGCAAGGAAGUGAGAGCAAGAAAUCCCCAGUUAAAAGAAAUAAUAGAGCCAGGUAAGGUGCCAGACCCCAAAAUAAUCGCUGAUAUAACUGUACUGUAGUACGUAAAGUGAUAACUCCAAUCGCCAUAACUUUUAAACCACCCGAUUUCAGCUCCACCGUUCAUCGCCAGACGCAACGUGCUUCUUCCGCAAGAUAGACCCAAGGCCGCUAAAGGCCUUAGUCCCUACACGAGAGACGGAUUCGCUUGUCUCAUACAGACGUUUAAUACCCUUCGAGUGCGCCGACUUCCUCAGCGGAGCUUUUACGCUGUCCGCUCCCGGGGCUUCGGAGGGGUUCCAGGUACCUGUGUGGUAAUUCCAAGACAAAUUGUUACCAUCAGCUGGAGAGUUAGAUCUCGAGGUCGCUGUCGAUACUGAUGAUAAAUUGCUCAGAUUGGCGGUGGAUAUGCUUCCACGCGGUGUAAAGGUGUAAGUGUUCCGGGAGUUAGCCUUCAAGAUGGCUGGAUUCACACUCUCAUGUGACGGAUGCCGUUCGGAUGGGAAAUCGUCUGCUGGGUAAAAUCGCUGUUUAUAUCGGCGGGUUGCGGAGCGGGGUGAAGAAUUAUCCAGGGAGGCAAAGUUUGGCAUGCUGGAUGUACUUGUCAAACUGUUGAUCGAGUGGGUUCUUUCAUGGAAGCCUCUUCUUUUCGUUGCUGUCUGCAAUGAGUCUGAAUUGGGUAUGUCUGGAAAGGGGAAAUUGGGAGAUAAGUCCAUUGGAGUGAUAGGCGAUGGUGAAGAGUUUAUCGGGCUUUUAAUACUGCUACCACGGCGAGAUGCACCAUGUGUUGGGAACGGGGGUUUGGGUGUGAGUCGUGGAUCUCGCAAGGGCGUGGAUGGAAAGCUAUUUGGAGAUGAUUCAACAGAACCUGGGGACGAAACAUCUGACGAGAUCGCAAGUCCCGUUAUCUGGGGUACGGGUGGUAUGAUGUCCUUCUUUUUGGCCUUACUAGUUCUUCUAUCAUCUGUUCCACGGGUAUUUCCCUCAAACAUAGCUUCAUUUAUGACUCGUCUCUCCGUUGUCUGGUGACGGUUUCUAGUAGACCUCUGCUCUGACAUCCUAGGUGAUGGCAAUAGAGAUCGCCUAUGUUGGGGGAAUGGCGUUGCACUGCGCGAUUCCGUCGAGGCAGCAGAACAAUGGGGUUCGGGCUCCGAGUUCGAGGAGAGAGCGCUUCCAGAACGCCAGGUUAGAUUGGAAAGGGAGUGAAUGGAUGCAUUCGAAAAUUUAGUUUUUAUAGGAAAGGUUGACUCAGAGGCUGGCUGGGUGGAGCUCCGUUUUUUGCUAUAUUUUCCUAACUUCAAGCUAGAAAUCCGAUUUUUCAUGCCUAAAUUGCUAGGACUACUCUUGGGGGACGUUUGACCUGUGAUACUGGUAGGUUCUCGUCUCUGCUCGGUUUCUGUUGCUCGUCCUUUCGAGUUUUGGCAAGCUGGAGGUUCUAUAGAUAUCAUUUGCGGUUUACUUUCUGGCGCAUAGAAGGAUACUGGAGUUGCAAUGAGAAAGGACGUAUGUGCAACAUCUUCGUCAUCCGAGGAUGCUGUCUCGGAAUACAAAGAACGGAAGUAUUGAAGAGCUUCCGUUUUUGCGGCAUGGUUAGUGGAAAAUAUUGGCUCGAUAGCUGGAAACAUAGGCGGCGAGGUUGACGUGGACGUUGAUGAGGCCAUUGAGAUCGGCUUCGUCGGUUGCGGUUGGAGAGGAGGCAUCAAUGUGAUACAGCUGGCCCUUUUGACGGUGUUAAUUGAACCGGCUCUAGAUAUGGUUGCUUCUGAGGCUGGGAAAAUGGGAAUUUGCAAAGGAAAUUCGUCUUCCGACGUAUAGUUCUGGUGAACUAAGUGGGGUGAAUCG